AUGGACUUGGAGAUGUCAUCAAACAGCUCCUGGGAGAACUCUUCAUCACCCUUCAUUCCCACCCCUUCCUUCUCCGGCCUGGAUCUCCUGUACGAACUGAAACUCGUCUUCCUACCUCUCUACUCAACCGUGGUCUUGGUCGCCUGCUCCGGUAACCUCCUCCUGCUCUUCCUCAUCUGGCGCAACAAGAAAAGACACAACACCACAAACUUCCUGAUCAGCAACCUGGCACUUGUUGACCUGGUCAUGUGCGUCUUUUGUGUCCCUUUGACAGCGUCAUACGCCUUCGACAGGCGUGGAUGGGUGUUUGGAGGCCGCAUGUGUCAUAUUGUGACUGUCAUGCAGUCUGCGGCGGUCUAUGCAGCCGUCCUGUCCCUCAUGGCCAUUGCAGUGGAUCGGUACGUGGUUGUGGCUUAUCCAAUCCGCAAAAGAGCGGGGUGUCACUUCUGUUUGGGUCUGGUGCUCUUGAUCUGGCUCUCCUCUCUGGCUUUGUCCACACCUACAGCUCUGCACACCGUAUACCUGGACCUGAGGACAGCAGGGUUGCAGAUGGCCGUGUGUGAGGAGUUCUGGGAUGGCGAGGAGCAAGGCCGCAUCAUCUACUCCUGUUUCCUCCUCUUCUUCUCCUACUUUGUCCCACUGGCUGCCGUCUCCAUCUCCUACUGUGCUAUAUCCUUUCAGCUAAAACAGAGGACCGCCUCAGGUUUAACAGCGUGUCCAGAGCUGAGAUCAGCUAGGUCUUUGUGGAGCAGGCGGAAGAGGAAAACCUUCCUCCUGCUGCUGGUCUCCGUCCUCGGUUUCGCCUUCUCCUGGCUCCCCUUACAGGUGGUGAAUCUCAUCCGUGACCUGGACACAGACUUCUCCAUCUUGGGUAAAAAUUACGUGAACAUCAUCCAGGUGUCAAGUCACCUGUUGGCCAUGACCUCUGCCUGCUACAACCCUUUUAUUUAUGCCUCGCUGCAUGAAAAGUGCUUGUCCUGCCUGUGUAAUCACUUCUUGUCCCAGCAGAGAAGCAAAGGAAAGGGCAGGGGUCAAGGGUCAAGCGUUCUGACGAUGUCUCACAGAGUGCAGCGCCUUCACACCUCUACCUUUGUGACAGAUUUGCCAGGUGUUACAAAUAACUUAGGUCCUCAAGAUAACUACGAUUAG